AUGGAGAGAAGAAGUAGGAGAAGUAACACAGGUGCUAAUGAAAUCUGUGACGGAAAUGAAUGGUUUGAUCCAAAAGGGAAUCAGCCAAAUAUUAUGCCCUUUACGCGUACCUCCGCCGCCAAAACAACUGAUGAGAAAGUGCGGAUUUGUACAAAAGCAGAAGAGUUUUAUGCACUUUUCGUUACAGAUGAAAUACUUCAACACAUCAGUGAGCAAACAAACCUCUAUGCUACUCAAUGCAGAAUCACUUCUAAAUGUACAGGUAAAUGGACACCAACUAACAAAAAUGAGCUGAAGCGUUUAUUUGGGCUGAUAAUAUGGAUGGGUAUGGUAAAACUUCCCUCCUUACGUCUAUAUUGGUCUCAGGAUCCAUUAUUUUCACAAACAUUCCUGCGAACAGUAAUAAGCAGAGACAGAUUCGAAAUUCUCAUGAGAAUGUUGCAUUUCGCAGACAACGAAGCAGCUGUCGCAACUAACCGUUUAUCAAAAAUUCAAUUCAUCAUAGACGAAUUGAAUACAAAUUUUCAAAAAUAUUACGAUCCACCAGAAGUAUUAUGCGUUGAUGAGUCGCUAAUCCCAUUCCGCGGGCGCAUUGUAUUCAGGCAGUAUUUGAAACAAAAAAAACACAAAUACGGUAUAAAAAUAUUUAAAUUAUAUUGUGGUCAUGGAUAUACGCAUAACUGUCAUGUGUACACCGGAAAAGCUAUCGACAAGGAAAAUAUAACCACGUUAAAUGUCGUAAUGUCUCUAUUGAAAAACUUAUUUCAUAGAGGCCACACGUUGUGUGCUGACAACUGGUACAACAGUAUCGAUUUGGCGAAUCGCCUAAUAGAUAAAAACGCACAUUUGAUUGGAACACUUCGAGCACAUCGUAAGAAAAACUCAAGUGAAGUGAUAAAAACUAACUUGAAACGUGGAGAAGUUAUCGCUAAAGAAAAUAAUCAGGGUAUUACUGUGUUAAAAUGGAAGGACAAGAGAGAUGUUUUGGUCCUGUCCACAAAACAUUCAAGUGUAAUGAUAAACGUAAACACAAAACGCGGAGUUUGCUGUAAACUCAAAAUUAUAGUUGAAUAUAAUAAAGCAAAAACAUCUAUUGACUUGUCAGAUCAAAUGAGUGCGUAUAGUAGUCCCUUGAGAAAAACUCUCAAAUGGUAUAAAAAGUUGGCCUUUGAGUUAUGUUUCAACACUGCUGUGGUCAAUUCCCUGUUCCUCUUUCAAGAAGUAACCGGACAAAAAAUAUCAGUUACGGAAUUUCGGAGACAAUUAGUGAAUGGACUGACACAGCGAGUAGAUGAACAAAUUCCACUUCGGGAUGGAAAAAUUGUUCAUAAAUUACAGAAAAAGGAAAGAGACGUCCAUAAAGUUCAGAAAUACUGUUCUGGUUGUUAUGAUGAAAAUUCAAGAUUAUUUGGGUCUAAGAAAGCCAAAAAUUUAACAAGAAAAGUUGUUACAUUUUGUUACAUGUGUAAAUCCCAGCCACACUUUUGCUUAGAAUGCUUCAACAAAGCUCAUUAA